AUGGCUUCGUCGAAGCCGGCCCCGACGGCCGAAGCAAACGGCCAGAAUGGACGCGCACUCACGCUCAACCAGCAGAGCCAGGCGGCGGGCAUCGGGUCGGAGACGAUCGACGACUUCCUCGACCGCCAGCCGCGCAGCAUCCUCAUCCGACUGUACGAGAAGCCCGCCAGCUGCCUUGCCAUCUUCCGCCUCCUCCCCAUCAUGGCGCGUCAGCUCGUCAUGCACAUGCUCUUCCUGCAGCAGCCUCCGUCCAUAGACGACCUACACGUCUGGAUCAAAAAGGACGGCAGGGCCAGCUUCCAGGCCGCCGUCGAGAAGCUCGUUCGCCUGUCCAUCGUCAAGCAGGAGUCGGUAGCCGGCAGACCCUCGCAGAUCCUGCUCAACGGAGUCUUCACAAAGGGCAUGCAGCGUGCCCUCAUCGGUGGCGGCGACCACCGAUCCUUUGGAGUGCCCUGCGACACCGAGGACAAGAACGCCGUCGAUGUGGCCUACCUGGACGAGUACGCGCGGACCAAGUGGGAGACGAUCCUGCACUACAUGGUCGGCUCUCAGGGCUCCGUGACGCCUCGCGAGCCAGUCCUCUGCGUGCUGCGCCGGAGCAACCUGAUGCAAGAGGGCAGCAAGGGCAGCAGCCGGCUGAGCAUCACGUCGCGGGGCUUCCAGUUCCUCCUCGAGUCGGUCAACACGCAGCUAUGGUACCUGCUGCUCCAGUAUCUCGACAUGGCUGAGGGUCGCAGCUUUGACCUGGUCGAGGUGCUGGCUUUCCUCUUCAUGCUCGGAUCGCUCGAGCUGGGCCGCGACUACUCGACCGAGGAGCUGCCCGAGACGCAGCUGCACAUGCUCGAAGACUUUCGCGACUACGGGCUGGUCUACCAGCGCAAGGCCUCGAGCCGGCGCUUCUACCCGACACGGCUGGCGACUACGCUGACGUCGAAUGCGGCCACGCCGCUGCUGGCGUCGAACGGCAACGAGCAGGAGGAGCGGGGCUACAUUGUCCUCGAGACCAACUACCGCGUCUACGCAUACACGAGCAGCCCGCUGCGCGUUGCGGUGCUGAAGCUGUUUGUCACGGUCAAGGCGCGGUUCCCCAACCUGGUCGUCGGCUCCAUCACGCGCGACAGCGUCAAGAGCGCGCUGGCCAACGGCAUCACGGCAGAGCAGAUUAUCACGUAUCUCACGCACCACGCGCACCCGCAGAUGUACCGGAGCGACCCGCUGCUGCCGGUGACGGUGUCAGACCAGAUCCGGCUGUGGGAGCGCGAAAAGAACCGGGUGGGCCAGGAGCUGGGCGCGCUCUUCACCGAGUUUUCGUCGCAGGCCGACUUUGAGCAGGUGCGCAACUACGCCGACCAGAUGGGCGUGCUCCUGUGGCAGGACGAGUCCAAGCGCUGCUUCUUUGUCGCCGAAGAAGGAUUCCAGCCGGUGCGCGACUUUAUCAGGCGCAGGGUCACGUAG